GGCCAUUCGAUAGGCCACACGCGCCAGUGCCCUCUUCCCUCCGCUCUUCCAUCUCCCCUCUCGCCCUACCUCGGUAUCCGCGCACCGAAGGCGCAAAAUGACCACGCAAUUUGACAGGAUCUAUCAUGGACUGUCUCCCGAGCUCGGAAAGUUCCGUAUCGCUGCCAGCGGGAUGGCCUGGAAAGGGGAGGAGAGCGAGAAGAUGGUCGCCAUGUCCUCAGGAGAUAUCAAGUGGGCUCAAUGGCUAAGGGUUGCACGAAAUUACCAGCUGCGAGUGGGGUUGAAGGAUAGGUCGCGGGAAGUGUUCGACGGGUUUGGACGUGAGGACCAUGAGAAACUCGCACAACUAUUGAAACAACACUUCAGUGUUACUCUGGAAACGAAGGAGGUUUCGUUCAAGGGAUGGAACUGGGGCGUCACGGACUUCCAGGGCCAGGACCUCGCUUUUCUCGUCUCGAACAAGACCUCAUUCGAGCUGCCACUCUCAGAAGUCGCCAACUCCAAUAUUGCCGGUCGCACGGAAGUGUCCCUCGAGUUUGCCCCGCCAUCCGGCAGUAAAAAGUCGAAGGGCGCCCCAGACGAGAUGGCUGAGAUCCGGUUCUACGUGCCUGGAACUGUGAACCGUGAACGCGGCUCCGACGCUGGUUCACAAAAGUCCGACGACGAGGAAGAGGAGAUCAGCGCCGCGCAGGCUUUCCAUGACGCGAUUAAGGAGAAGGCGGAGAUCGGACAGGUGGCUGGCGAUCUCAUUCUCAGCUUCGAGGAAGUGCUCGUCCUCACACCUCGAGGUCGAUACGAUGUCGAUAUGUUCCCCGACUUCCUGCGGCUACGGGGUAAGACAUACGACUACAAGAUUAUGUACACGAGCAUCUCGAGGUUGUUCCUUCUGCCCAAGGACGACCAGCACGUACUGUUCAUCCUUAGUCUCAGCACUCCGAUACGUCAGGGCCAAACGAGAUAUCAAUAUCUCGUUAUGCAGUUCAGCAGGGAAGAGGAGAUCACCGCUGAGCUCAACAUGACCGAGUAUGUAGUAUCAGGUGUCUUCCGUGCUCUUUCUGGCAAGAAGAUUAUCGGCGCGGGUAGCUUUACCAGCCACGCUGGUCAUCCAGGCAUCAAAGCCAACCUGAAGGCCGUGCAAGGGGAUCUCUUCCUACUCGAGAAAUACAUUUUCUUCGUGUCCAAGCAGCCCACGCUCAUUGAGCUAUCGGAUAUCCACCAAGUUGUAUUCUCCCGCCUCGGCGCCGGGCUGGGCGCUACUGCCGCACGGACAUUCGAUCUGAAGAUCGUCACGAAGAGCGGGCCGGAGUACACAUUCACGUCGAUUAACAAGGAGGAGCAUGAGGGCACGGAGGCUUACCUCAAGGAGAAGAAGGUGAAGGUGAAGAAUGAGAUGAUGGAGGGCGAGCUCAUCAUGGCGGGCGAGGAUGAUGAGGACGAGGAGAUGCAGAGUGUCGCGAGCAGCGGUGAGGAGGUACCUAAGCCUCGGGGGAUCAACGACGAUGAGGACAGUGAAGAUGACGAGGACUUCCAUGCAUCAGACUCGGACUCAGGGUCACCAACAGCGUCUUCAUCAGACGACGAGGGUGCAAAGACCGCGUCAGACGCAAGUGGUGAUCGUGACUUCGUCAAGGGCAAGGGCAAAGGCAAGGCCCCCAAGAAGAAAGCUCCUGCGAAGAAGAGUAAGGCCGACGACAGCGAUGCGGAGGACGAGGACAAGCCGAAGAAGGCUGCCCCGCGGCCUAAGCCGAAACCAAAGAAGAAGUCUGAUGAUGACGCAAUGGACAUUGACGAAGAGCCUAAGUCAAAGCCAAAACCGAAGCCAAAGCCAAAACCGAAGCACAACGACGGUGAAGAGGGCCCGGCGAGGAAGAAGUUGAAGAAGUCAGAUUAGAUUAUUCUAUGGCCUGUGCGUUGCCGCCUUCACGAUUGCUCUGUCGUUGUUGCAUCAUCGCUUGUGUUGAAUACAUAUCAUUGAACACUCUUUACUUAGUUGGCUGAAUAUCAUACUAACAACCGCAAUACGCGGGCAAGCUAUGUAGAUGCACUCAUUAGCUCAAUCAGCUUCCUUCCCAAUCGAGAGAUGGUGACGGAAGCCUUCGCACGUCC